AAUAAGGAUAUCGUGAAAGCAAUGUUUGACCGAUUUUAACCUUUUUUGUUGUGUGUUCUGGAUGCUGCAGUAACCGGCGGCAGUCGCGUGCCAGGGAGAGAGAUCCGCGAACUCUCGAUACGCGUGAAGCUGGACCGGUUCGAAGCUGACAGUCAAUGGAUGUCCUCGUGUGCAUGACGACUGGUGGUUCCACUCACGCAGCAGGAUAACAGAUGAAGGUUUACCCUGUCCCCGUGAUAUGUGAUCAGUUCUGGUGUUACCAAGACGCUAUGUUGUGUGGAAUGUUGCAAAAAGUGGUGUGUAGUGCGAUGCAAGAUGCUGCCCCAGCGUGAGAGUGUGUAAUAUUGUGUAUUCCCAGCUGUUGCAUUUGUAUGGAAUUGUGUCCCCUAAUGCUAAUGUCCCCUGGCGCUAAUGCUGGUGCUGACCGACCAUUUGUCGGUGACCGAAACAGGCACGAAAGUGAUCAGUGAUCGUGACGGCAAGUAAACCGGGUCCCAGCCAUCGGAGGACGAGGUCUACGGUCGUCUACGGCUAGACCUCGCUGGCUCCGCGCACUGGCAACAGCAACGGCGGUCGCGAGAUAACCGCGCGCCAAAAUUGCGCCAAACACAAACAAUCUGGCGGUGGUCAGACAACCAUCCAUGGCCGUCGGGCCACCGACGGGAGGAUCUGGUAAUCCUCCGCAUCAUCCGGCCCCGCCGGUCCAACCACAUCCGAUACUUGCCCCCAGCCCACUGUUUGCCUUACCGACGCUGAACUUUACCGCGUCGCAAGUCGCGACCGUCUGCGAAACGCUGGAGGAAUCCGGUGACAUCGAGCGGCUGGCCCGGUUCCUAUGGAGCCUGCCGGUGGCCCACCCGAACGUGACGGAGCUGGAUCGCUCGGAGGCCGUGCUGCGGGCCCGGGCCAUCGUCGCCUAUCACACCGGACACUUUCGGGAACUCUACUCGAUAUUGGAGCGGCAUAAGUUCACGAAAACGUCUCAUGGCAAACUGCAGGCGAUGUGGCUUGAGGCGCACUACCACGAGGCAGAAAAGCUUCGAGGACGACCACUAGGGCCAGUGGAUAAGUAUCGCGUCCGGAAGAAAUUUCCGCUCCCGCGCACGAUCUGGGAUGGUGAGCAGAAGACGCACUGCUUCAAGGAGCGGACGCGCAGUCUGCUACGCGAAUGGUACCUCCAGGAUCCGUACCCGAACCCGACGAAGAAGCGCGAGCUGGCCCAGGCGACCGGACUCACCCCGACGCAGGUGGGAAAUUGGUUUAAAAACCGACGUCAGCGGGAUCGAGCGGCGGCCGCGAAGAACAGACACAAUCAACCACCACUGUCCGGGUCCGGAUCGUCCUCGUUGACGCCAAGGCGAGGCGAGGGGCCACUGUCACCGGUGGACACCGAUUCCGAUUCCGACAUCUCGCUCGGUACACACUCGCCAGUUCCUAGUAUGUCGAUGCAGCACAGUCCCAGUUCGCUGCCGGGCUCGAGCGAGGACCGGCUGAACGAUGAUCGCGAAAAGGACUUCCGGAGCAGCUUCGCCUCGCUACACUCCUUCCGCUUCGGUGACCACCUAACCGGCGGUCUGUUACCUGGUUCGUUCAAUAGUAGAUUCAUGCCUUAUCGACUCGGCGAUCAUUCGCCACCGAUCAACACGCAUUCGCCACCGAUCGGUUUGACGCAUCUACCCCUCACCCCGACCGUGCUGCGGCCCCAACCUCACCUACCGCACUCGCUGGCCGUCAGUGUGGCCGGAUCCGUGGGCAUUCCUAGCAGUAUGGCCGGCGGUGCGGGCAUGCUGACGACGGUGGUCAAUAUGAGUGAUUCGCCGAGCAGCAACAGCAGCGCGACAACCGCAUCCCUCACCAAUACCACCACUCCAACGGGGAAGGACCAUGGCCACGGGACGAUGGCCCAUCACGGGCCCGGUGAUCCGACGGCCGAUGGACGACCGGGGACACCGCAUUCCGUUGGACAUGCAAGUGUCAGCGGUGCAAACACACCUUCGGCGACGGCGACAGCGACAGCGGCCACGUCAACAGUGGCCACAUCAACCGCGACAGGCGCUUCACUGAUGCAGCCAAUGUCCCCGCUGAGAAUACGGGUUAGCUCACCGUCGCGGCUCAAUGCGGAGUUGCUGCAGCAUACGGCGGCGGCGGCGGCGGCGGCCGCAGCGGCUGCGGCAGCUGCAGCAGCGGCCGCCUCCCAACAGCCACCCCAUCAUCCUGCGCUCGCGUUACACGGCCAUCCCCAUCCACAUCCACAUCACCUGCACAUACAUCAUCCGCACGCGCACCACCAUCCUCACGUGCAUCCACAUCCGCAGCAUGCCCAUGCGGCUCACCAUGCGGCGGCCGCCCUCAUGAAUGGUCUCAGUGCGAGCGGUAUCGUCCGGAUUGUGCCGAGUUCGGCCAACAGCACACCCAGUAGUACCAUCACCACCACCACCACCUCGCUACUCCAUCGACCGUUCUCACCGUCACCGAAACCGAAGGAAGCUUCGUGAUAAGUGAGCCGUUGUUGCGUUGCUGCCAAAUGGGAGGAGGCAGGUGUCCCCCCACCCACCACCCCCAGGGCAGUGCUCCCAUUCUCUAGCUAAUGCUGUGCAGGACUGUUGAGGGACGCGGUGCAAAGGUAACGCAUAUAACGCUUCAGGGAUGACAGCUUUUUCGCUCCGGUGCCGUUGAAAGAACUGAGAACCAUCAAGUGCGGGGCCGGGAUGGUGGUGAGCCGUACAGAAAACAUCAAAACUUAUGGUUUCCUCUUGCUCGGCGGCCACGGCCAGCGUCAGAACGGGUUGUUAGCGAGUAACACGACUCGACGGAUGUUUCAUGUUGUUCCGUGGCGUUUCGGCGCCACUAGCUGCUUGGUGGUUGGUGAAUUUGAUUUCCUGCUCUACC